AUGACGACCUCUGGUGGUACUGUACGCCUAGGGAGUUUCUCCCUAGGCCAGAGCUACGCUCCUCCACUCCUCUGUUCCUCUGUUCCUCUGCUCCUCUGUUCCUCUGCUCCUCUGCUCCUCUGCUCCUCUGCUCCUCUGCUCCUCUGCUCCUCUGCUCCUCUGCUCCUCUGCUCCUCUGCUCCUCUGCUCCUCUGCUCCUCUGCUCCUCCGAUCCUCCACUCAUCCGAAGUUCCGGAAGUUCCUCCAGAACUUUCCUGCACUCAUCCGGAAGUUACUUGCACCCGUCCGGAAAGUCCUUCUGAAGUUUUCUGUGCCUUCGGACAUCCUUCAGACAUCUUCAGACUUUCUUCAGACACCAAUCUGAAAUUAAGGGCACAUACUUGGGUGUGUUUUUGUGUCUCAGUGGUCACCGUUCCACCUGGUGACUGGAGUGAGCACGCCACGACGGCGAUCACGCUAGAUGACCUCUGUCGCCUUUGCAGGCUUCCGACGUCUCGAUUAUAUUUGUCUCCUCAGCUCAGAAGGGUCGCAUCAGAACUCCAGAUUUCACCACCGAAAGAAGAUUCCAAGACUAAUCUACAGCAUGUCGCAUUUUAUCGGGAUACCUUGGCUCUUGAUAUUGAGCCAAAACCCCCACACGACGCCACACUCAACAGACUAAAGACAAAUCUCAGGUUUAUUCAACAUCGAGCUACAACCAACUUCCAGAAACCAUUCUCGGUUCCAACGCACAGCAAAUUACCACUUCCCAUACACGUUGUAACAGCACCUACUCCUAACACAGGAACAAUGACGACAAUCGUGCCACUUCCGAGUUUCUACAGCGAUUACGAGAAAGAAGAAGAGCCUACAACGUGGUUCCGUCAAUACCAACUUUCAGUAACAGUCGCGAACCUCAGCUUUCAGGACAAGAUCGAUCGUUUCGAGCUCCAAUGUGCUGCAGGGAGUAUGGCAGAAGUAUGGGUGCGCAGCCUCACAGCAGCUGAUAAGGCAUCGUGGUCUACAUUCGCCGCAGCAUUUGCAAGAAGGUGGCCUCCGCCAACACACAUCACAUUUACGUUAGCGCAGCAGAAGGAUCGAAUUAAAGCAAUAACGUUGAAAGAAGAAGACAUCGGAAGGAUGAUUGAAAAGGAGCGAGGACGAGAAUGGGGACAUGUUAAGUGGGCAAAGGAAAUAGAACGCACGGCACAAGGUUUCAGGGACACGGGAUGCUUACUGAUGGACGUUGUGUUAGAAAACACACCGGCGAUACUCAGAGACCUGUUAACAGAGCAGUACACGUCAUGGCCAGACUUCGUCACGGACGUCAACCGAAUCUCACUAUCCCAAUUGCAGCGCACCAAGCAGCGCAUUGAGGCAGAACAGAAACUGUGGGAAGAUGUGGACUGGCUACAGGCACAAGCCAUGGGGAUGAAGAAGACACCAGCGCAAUCCAUGCAGGCAACAGAACAGCCUGCUGCACCAGCAUGGCAACAGUAUCGCCCGUUCCCACCUAGAUAUGCCCCACCAUCAGUACAGCAGCAGCAGCAGCAGCAACAGACUCCCCAGUUCGCACCCACCGCACAGUUAGCUCCAACAUUACCACCGCAACCUCAGACACCCCAAACUCAGAUGCCUCGCAACCCAUUUUCAACAGGCAGGGCUGCAGCAGUAGGGGAGCAUCCUGCAGUCCCAAUGAAUGAUAGAUCAAGCGUUGAGCAAUCAACAACGAUAGAUUCCACCGGAACAGAUGAUCAAUCAUCCCCAGCCUCCACCGAAGAUUCAGCCACGGACCUUUCUUUCUCAAUAACGACAUCGUCAGCGCUCGAUCUCAUGUCUAUACCAACAUCGCCUGGAACGUCCGAAUUCGAAAACCUGUCAAUACCAGAAGAUGCCAACGAAGAAUUGGUGGUACCUAUGUUAGAUAUUCUAGAAAUCAUGUCUCCCUCGGCAGCUUCCAUGCUGCGUUCUGACCCCAACAUGCUUGCUACUUUUGAACCUGACUUAUUAACAACCCCUUCCGUUACUGCUUCAUCUUUAGAUUCUAUGGACAAUAGUACUACCGACUCAGAUCCGACCACAGAAUCAUCUAUCCUUACAUCCGCUGACGUACAUACCGAAGAAUCGCUGAGUGUUAUAUCUACUUCAUCUGCAAUGCAAUGCACUGACUUGUACUAG